GACAGAUGAGGCUCGCGUCCCGCGCGGCAUGCGCUGCAGCGGCUCUGCGGCUCGCCGGGACCCCGCCGUCCGCACCCCGCGAGCCUAGAGGCUGCCGAGCCGCGGGUGCGCCAUGGCCACGCUGCCGAGCGCGGAGCGCCGCGCUUUCGCGCUCAAGAUCAACAGGUAUUCUUCAGCGGAAAUAAGGAAACAGUUUACUCUGCCGCCAAAUCUUGGCCAGUACCAUCGACAGAGCAUAAGUACCUCUGGCUUCCCCUCUCUUCAACUACCUCAGUUUUAUGACCCGGUGGAGCCGGUGGACUUUGAAGGACUUCUGAUGACACACUUGAACAGCCUGGAUGUGGAGCUUGCCCAGGAGCUGGGAGACUUCACUGAAGACGACCUGGACGUGGUGUUCACCCCAAAGGAAUGUCGCACUUUGCAGCCCUCUUUGCCGGAGGAAGGAGUUGAACUGGAUCCACACGUCAGGGACUGUGUUCAGACCUACAUUCGGGAGUGGCUAAUUGUGAACCAGAAAAACCAAGGAAGUUCGGAGAUUUGCGGCUUUAAAAAGACUGGAUCCCGAAAAGAUUUUCACAAGACGCUUCAGAAACAGACGUUUGAGUCAGAAACCUUGGAGGGCAGUGAGCCCAGUGCCCAGACAGGCCCCCGCUGCCGCUUAAACGUGCUGUGUGAUGUGUCUGGAAAAGGUCCCCUCACUGCCUGCGACUUUGACCUCCGCAGCCUGCCGCCUGACCAGCGUCUGGAAAACCUCCUGCAGCACGUGAGUGCCGAGGACUUCGAGAAGCAGAAUGAGGAGGCCCGCAGGACCAAUCGGCAGGCCGAGCUCUUUGCCCUUUACCCAUCAGUGGAUGAGGAGGAUGCUGUGGAAAUACGUCCGGUACCAGAAUGUCCUAAGGAACAUCUGGGCAACAGAAUAUUGGUCAAGUUGCUGACCCUGAAGUUUGAGAUUGAAAUUGAGCCUCUCUUUGCCAGCAUUGCCCUCUAUGAUGUCAAAGAAAGGAAAAAGAUCUCAGAAAAUUUUCACUGUGACCUGAACUCUGACCAGUUCAAGGGAUUUCUGCGUGCUCACACGCCUUCUGUUGCCACGUCAAGUCAAGCGAGAUCUGCGGUGUUCUCGGUCACCUACCCGUCCUCAGACAUCUACCUGGUAGUCAAGAUUGAAAAAGUCCUUCAGCAGGGAGAGAUUGGAGACUGCGCAGAACCCUACAUGGUUAUCAAAGAAAGUGAUGGUGGAAAGAGUAAAGAGAAGAUUGAAAAACUAAAGCUUCAAGCUGAAUCUUUCUGCCAACGCUUGGGGAAAUACCGGAUGCCCUUUGCCUGGGCUCCCAUAAGCUUAACAAGCUUCUUCAAUGUCUCUACCCUGGAGAGGGAGGUAACCGAUGUGGACUCCAUGGUUGGGAGAAGCACUGUGGGUGAGCGGAGAACUUUGUCUCAGUCUAGAAGGCUUUCUGAAAGAGCCCUCUCCUUGGAGGAAAAUGGGGUUGGCUCCAACUUGAAGACCACCCCCAUAACCGUUAGCAGCUUUUUCAAACAGGAGGGAGAUCGCCUUAGUGAUGAAGAUUUAUUCAAGUUUUUAGCUGACUACAAAAGAUCUUCAUCCUUACAGAGAAGAGUCAAGUCAAUUCCAGGCUUGCUCAGACUGGAGAUUUCUCCAGCUCCAGAGACAGUCAGCUGUUGUUUGACUCCUGAAAUGCUACCAGUGAGACCCUUUCCUGAAAACCGGACACGUCCACACAAAGAGAUUUUGGAAUUUCCAGUCCGGGAGGUAUAUGUCCCUCACACUGUGUACAGAAACCUUCUCUAUGUCUACCCACAGAGGCUGAACUUCGCUAACAAACUAGCCUCUGCCCGGAACAUUACAAUAAAGAUCCAGUUCAUGUGUGGAGAGGAUGCUAGCAACGCUAUGCCGAUCAUCUUUGGGAAAUCCAAUGGGCCUGAAUUUCUGCAGGAAGUAUACACAGCCGUUACAUACCAUAAUAAGUCUCCUGACUUCUAUGAAGAAGUGAAAAUUAAGCUCCCCGCGAAGCUCUCAGUUCAUCACCACCUCCUGUUCACCUUCUAUCAUAUCAGCUGUCAGCAGAAGCAAGGAGCCUCCGUGGAAAGCCUCCUAGGAUACUCAUGGCUGCCAAUUCUCGUAAAUGAACGUCUUCAAACUGGAUCCUACUGUCUCCCAGUUGCCUUGGAAAAGCUGCCUGCCAACUACUCCCUGCAUUCUGCAGAGAAAGUCCCUUUACAGAAUCCUCCCAUUAAGUGGGCCGAAGGACAUAAGGGAGUAUUUAAUAUUGAAGUGCAAGCUGUUUCUUCUGUCCACACCCAGGACAACCACCUGGAGAAGUUCUUCACCCUCUGCCACUCCCUGGAGAGCCAGGUGAGCUUCCCUAUCCGUGUGCUGGACCAAAAGAUCAGUGAGACGGCGCUGGAGCACGAGCUGAAGCUCAGCAUCAUCUGCCUGAACUCCUCGCGCCUGGAGCCCCUCGUGCUCUUCCUGCACCUGGUGCUGGACAAGCUCUUCCAGCUGUCCGUGCAGCCCAUGGUCAUCGCUGGCCAGACAGCCAACUUCUCCCAGUUUGCCUUUGAGUCCGUGGUGGCCAUCGCCAACAGUCUGCACAACAGCAAGGACCUGGGCAAGGACCAGCACGGCAGGAACUGCCUGCUGGCCUCCUACGUGCACUACGUCUUCCGCCUGCCGGAGCUGCAAAAGGACGUGCCCAAGUCAGGUGGCCCCACCGCUCUCCCUGACCCUCGCUACCACACAUAUGGACGCACGUCUGCUGCCGCUGUGAGUUCAAAGCUGCUGCAGGCCCGAGUGAUGAGCAGCAGCAACCCAGACCUCGCAGGGACACAUUCUGCAGUAGAUGAGGAAGUUAAGAACAUCAUGUCUUCAAAGGUUACUGAUCGCAACUGCAACCGGAUGUCUUACUAUUGCUCUGGCAAUAACGAUGUUCCAAGCUCAACCACAGCCCCAAGGCCAGCCAGCAAAAAGCAUUUCCACGAGGAGCUUGCCCUGCAGAUGGUCGUCAGCACCGGGAUGGUGAGAGAAACAGUCUUCAAGUACGCCUGGUUCUUCUUUGAGCUUCUGGUGAAAAGCAUGGCCCAGUAUGUACAUAACAUGGACAAACGGGACAAUUUUCGGAGGACUCGUUUUUCCGACCGUUUCAAAGAUGACAUAACUACUAUUGUUAAUGUGGUCACCUCGGAGAUUGCAGCCCUUUUAGUAAAACCUCAGAAGGAAAACGAACAGGCGGAAAAGAUCAACAUCAGCCUGGCUUUCUUUUUGUAUGACCUUCUCUCACUCAUGGAUCGUGGCUUUGUGUUUAACCUCAUCAAACAUUACUGCAACCAGCUGUCAGCCAAGCUCAACAACCUUCCAACGCUCAUUUCCAUGAGGCUGGAGUUCUUGAGAAUCCUCUGCAGUCACGAGCAUUACCUCAAUCUGAACCUUUUCUUUAUGAGCACGGAUACUGCUCCAGCAUCUCCCUGUCCCUCCAUAUCUUCCCAGAACUCAAGCUCCUGCUCCAGUUUCCAGGACCAGAAGAUCGCCAGCAUGUUCGAUCUGACUCCGGAGUACCGCCAGCAGCACUUUCUCACUGGCCUUCUCUUUACUGAACUGGCUGCUGCCUUGGAUGCUGAAGGGGAAGGGAUCAGCAAAGUGCAAAGGAAAGCUGUCAGUGCCAUCCACAGCCUGCUAAGUUCUCACGACCUGGACCCGCGUUGUGUCAAACCAGAGGUGAAGGUCAAAAUUGCUGCCCUUUACCUGCCAUUGGUUGGCAUCAUUUUGGAUGCUUUGCCGCAGCUCUAUGACUUUACAGCUGCAGAUGCCCGUAGUGGAAAAAAUCGCUCCAAUGGCUCAGAUGAAGAACAAGAAGGGACCAGUGCCAUUAACCAGAAUGUGGCACUGGCCAUAGCUGGGAAUAAUUUUAAUUUGAAGACGAGUGGAACAAUGCUAUCUUCCUUGCCCUACAAGCAGUACAACAUGCUGAACGCCGACACCACCCGCAACCUCAUGAUUUGCUUCCUCUGGAUCAUGAAAAAUGCUGAUCAGAGCCUCAUUAGGAAGUGGAUUGCCGACCUGCCAUCGAUGCAACUGAAUAGGAUUUUAGAUCUCCUUUUCAUCUGUGUCUCGUGUUUUGAGUACAAGGGAAAGCAGAGUUCUGACAAAGUGAGUACCCAGGUCCUGCAGAAGUCGAGGGAUGUCAAGGCCAGGCUGGAAGAGGCUUUGCUCCGCGGGGAAGGGGCCAGAGGAGAGAUGAUGCGGCGCUGCCGGACUCCAGGGAAUGACCGAUUUCCAGGCCUAAAUGAAAAUUUGAGAUGGAGGAAAGAGCAGACACAUUGGCGGCAAGCUAAUGAGAAGCUAGAUAAAACAAAGGCAGAAUUAGAUCAAGAAGCCUUAAUCAGUGGCAAUCUGGCCACGGAAGCAAAUUUAAUCAUCCUGGAUAUGCAGGAAAACAUAAUCCAGGCAACCUCGGCUCUGGACUGUAAAGACAGCCUGCUGGGAGGUGUUCUAAGGGUCCUGGUGAAUUCUCUGAGCUGUGAUCAGAGCACCACCUACCUGACUCAUUGCUUUGCGACACUCCGUGCUCUCAUCGCCAAGUUUGGCGACUUGCUGUUUGAGGAGGAAGUGGAGCAAUGUGCGGACCUGUGUCAGCGCGUGCUGCACCAUUGCAGCAGCAGCAUGGACGUCACCCGGAGCCAAGCCUGUGCCACCCUCUACCUCCUCAUGAGAUUCAGCUUUGGAGCCACCAGUAACUUUGCAAGAGUGAAGAUGCAAGUAACCAUGUCUCUGGCAUCUUUAGUGGGCAAAGCACCAGACUUUAAUGAGGAGCACCUGAGAAGGUCCUUGAGGACGAUUUUGGCCUAUGCAGAAGAGGACACCGCCAUGCAGUCCACUCCUUUCCCCACCCAGGUGGAGGAACUUCUCUGCAAUCUGAAUAGCAUCUUAUAUGACACAGUGAAAAUGAGGGAAUUUCAGGAAGAUCCUGAGAUGCUUAUGGAUCUCAUGUACAGAAUUGCCAAGAGUUACCAGACCUCUCCUGACCUGAGGCUGACCUGGCUCCAGAACAUGGCAGAGAAACACACCAAGAAGAAGUGCUACACAGAGGCCGCCAUGUGCCUGGUGCACGCGGCUGCCUUAGUGGCCGAAUAUCUGAGCAUGCUGGAGGACCACAGCUACCUGCCCGUGGGCAGUGUCAGCUUUCAGAAUAUUUCUUCCAACGUGCUGGAGGAGUCAGCGGUCUCUGAUGACACCCUGUCCCCUGAUGAGGAUGGUGUGUGCUCCGGCCGGUACUUCACCGAGAGUGGCCUGGUGGGCCUCCUGGAGCAGGCCGCGGAGCUCUUCAGCACGGGAGGAUUGUAUGAGACGGUUAAUGAGGUCUACAAACUGGUCAUCCCCAUCCUGGAAGCACAUCGAGACUUCCGGAAGCUGACUUCCACGCAUGAUAAGCUACAGAAGGCCUUUGACAGCAUCAUUAGCAAGGGUCAUAAGAGAAUGUUUGGAACUUACUUCCGCGUUGGUUUCUAUGGAUCCAAAUUUGGAGAUUUAGAUGAGCAGGAAUUUGUUUACAAAGAGCCUGCAAUUACCAAGCUUCCUGAGAUCUCUCACAGACUAGAGGGAUUUUAUGGUCAAUGUUUUGGUGCAGAAUUUGUGGAAGUGAUAAAAGACUCCGCUCCUGUGGACAAAACCAAGCUGGAUCCAAACAAGGCCUACAUCCAGAUCACUUUUGUGGAGCCCUACUUUGAUGAGUACGAGAUGAAAGACAGGGUAACCUACUUUGAGAAGAAUUUCAAUCUGCGGAGGUUCAUGUACACCACCCCCUUCACCCUGGAGGGGCGGCCCCGGGGAGAGCUGCACGAGCAGUACCGUCGGAACACCGUCCUGACCACCAUGCACGCCUUCCCCUACAUCAAGACCCGGAUCAGCGUCAUCCAGAAGGAGGAGUUUGUUUUGACACCAAUCGAAGUUGCCAUUGAAGAUAUGAAAAAGAAGACCUUGCAGUUAGCGGUUGCCGUUAACCAGGAGCCCCCUGAUGCCAAGAUGCUUCAGAUGGUGCUGCAGGGCUCCGUUGGAGCUACUGUAAAUCAGGGACCACUGGAAGUAGCCCAAGUAUUUUUGGCUGAAAUUCCCGCUGACCCAAAACUCUAUCGACAUCACAACAAGUUGAGAUUAUGUUUUAAGGAAUUCAUAAUGCGAUGCGGUGAGGCUGUAGAGAAAAACAAGCGUCUCAUCACGGCGGACCAGAGGGAGUAUCAGCAGGAACUCAAAAAGAACUACAACAAGCUGAAAGAGAACCUCAGGCCAAUGAUCGAGCGGAAAAUUCCAGAACUCUACAAGCCUAUAUUCAGAGUUGAGAGUCAAAAGAGAGACUCCUUCCACAGAUCCAGUUUCAGGAAAUGUGAAACCCAGUUGUCACAGGGGAGCUAAGAAAAGCUGUCUUCAUCCGUGAAGACGGAGGCCCCGCAAGUUGGAAAAGGACUUGUUGGUACUUAAAACAUCGGACAUUUGCCACGUAGGACAGACCACAUGCUCCCUGAUGAGACAGCGUUCCAGAAGCUUUGAGAUCUAAGUGACCAUGGGCAUUACACCCAAACAGGGUGUGAAGAGAUUUUGGCUAUACUGGGCAAUGCAGCUGGUGGAGGAUGGUUAAUCAGGGGCACCUAUGUAUUUAUUAAAGCAUGUUUUUUUUAACAAUAUUGUACAAAACAAGGCAUAAACAGCAUCUCCUGCAGAGUGGUCCGUCAUUGUCUACCCAAGAGAUGACUUCCUCUGGCCCAGAUUUGAAUUUACGGGAUAAACCCAAAUUGCAGGAGGGAAAAUGGAAAAGUUGCCCACCAACCUCUUCAGAGUAAAUGUCACUGAUCCCCUCUAUAUGGGAAAGGAGGGUGAGCUUGCAGGAGUGCAAACAUCUGGGAGGGGAGGCCUAACUAGAAAUCUAAAAAUCAUGGUGGUUGGAAAUUUGGGGAUAGAUUAUUUGUGAACUCGUUACCCUUUUGGUAACGGUGGACUAAUUGUUGUAUAGUUAUUUUUGCUUUAUUGUUAUUGUUAUGUUAAUUUAACGUGUUUAUAGAGGAAGACACUCAAAGCACUGAUUUAUGAGAUACAUGGUACUCUGAGUGGUCAGCCAAAAGUCAUAGAUGCCGCAUUUACUUCAGUUGAAAUGAUUCUCCCAUAAUGCUUUGCAUUUUUUCUUAUGCUCACUCUUGCUCACUCUUUUUCUCCUCCUCCUGGGACCAAGUUUAUUUUUAUAAAAGGAUAGUAUCUCUGCUCUCAUUUCAGAACAUUGUGCUGUCCAUCAGCAUGUGUACAUUACCUACAGAAUAUAUUCAGCUUUGAAUUCUCUUGACAAUGUACUUUAGGAGAAAGAUGAACAAAGUUAUUAUUUGAGAAUUAAAUUAUAUAUUUUUAAUAUGACUGAUUGCCCUGACUGGUACGAAAAAUGUAAUAAGAAUUGUAAGCAAAAUGUUUCCCUUUGCAACUCGUGUUUUUAUUUUGACAAUUCAGUGUUUUGUAAAGUACUUAACAGAAGAAAAAAGAUGCAUAAUCCUGGCCUUGGUCAAACACUGCUAUCCAGGGGCAUUCCUCAUAUGCAAUAUUUAAUCUUGGUAGUCCUGAGAGAAAAUUUAAUUUGGAUAUUCUAGAAUUUUUUAUUUAUACCAUCAGGUAUGCAUGAAUUUAUAUUCUGAAAGAGGAAUUUUUUUUAAUUACUAAAGUUGAAGUGCCAAACUUUUUGUUUUUUAGGCCUUUCUAAAGUGUAUUAUACACCUCACUGCUUUCUUAAAUGAGUGCACGUGACAUUCUUUAAUUCCGAAUGUUAUUCAGCAUCUUCUGUGUGGGAGAUACUGGGUGAGACCAAAGUCAAAAAACAUUGUCACUGCCUUCCAAAGUCACUCAGUUUAGUGAGGAAGAGCAUCAAUAUGUCUGUAGCCAUAACACACAGCAGACUGGGACAGUCCUUGUGGAAGUAACCUUCUCUAAGUAACUCAAAGAUGCCCAUUAUUAUCAAUCCCUAUUACAUUCUGCACUAAAACAAUAAGGAUUAGGUGCUAAAUUUACUCUCUCUUGUGCCACAGUGGGUACCUCUGGCUUCACAAGUGCAGGAACUGUUUACCGCUGCAUUCCCAUCCCCUAGCCCAGUGCUCAGCACACAGAAGACAAUAAAUGUUUGUCGAAUGACUAAAUGAAUGAAUGAGUGGGAGUAGACCUGCUUCUAGAACAGCACUGUCCAACAGAAAUAUAAUGCAGGCCACAUAUAUCAUUUUAAAUUUUCUAAUAGCCACAUUAAAAAGAAUCAUAAAAAUAGGUGAAAUGAAUUCUAGUAAUAUAUUCUGUUCAACUCGAUAUAUACAAAAUAUUAUUUCAACAUGUGAUCAAUAUAAAAAAUUAUUGAGGUAUUUUACAUUCUUUUUUUCAUACUGUCUUCGAAAUCUGUAUGUAUGUAUCUUACAAUUACAGAUUGUAUACUUUACACUUAUCAAUUAAGACCAGCCACAUUUCAAGUGCUUAAUUGCCACAUGUGGCUAGUGGCUACUGUAUUGGAUGGUGCAAUUCUAGAAGCUUCCAACUUUUAUAACUUGAUGCCUCUGAUCUGCAGGCUCAGGAUAACAAAAGUAGUGGGAAUAGCGUCCAGAGUGAGAGUGACAGAAUUGUGAUUGAGAGCCUGUGGACUUACCUAGAAGUGACUCUCGUGGAGUUGGGGAGUGUGGCCUUCUCAUAGGGGUUUUGUGUGCUCAUACUCUUUCUGAGCUAACCCUGGCUCUUUCCUCAAUUCCGGAUAGUUUAGUUGUUCUUUAAGUAACAGUUAUAAAUAAAGUGGAGGCGUUGCUGCACUUAUUUAAAUAACGGCAUUAAAGAAUUUGGACAUUGGUCCUCUGACCAUGUAGUCUAAAUAUGGGGUUGAGAAAGAAGCAUUUUAAACAUUCUGAAGAAUAAAGCAAAUUAGGCCUUUUGUUUUCCAAAAAUGAGAGAACCCUGAUAUGCCAUGGGAACCAUCUUGAUGUUACUUGGGAAAACCCCCCUAUGAAAGCUUCCUGGAAAAAUCUUCGGAUUAGCUUCAUGCCUCUUCUCCUUCAACAAGGUCAAGUGUGCAACUGUCACCAUCUUAAGAAUUUCAGGAACAUGAAACAUGAAUAUACUGCAUAGACCUGAUUAAGUUUGUCAUGCUUCACAUUGUCUUAAACGCCAUAAUUCUAUUCCG